AUGUGGUCUGCGAAACGAACAGCGCUGAUCGGGGAGGACGCGAACGAUGGGAAGCCGAACACGAUCGGCGGGUCGAGCGCCGAUCUCAGCGGGGCGAGCGGGGCGAGCGAACCGCGCGUCGAACGCGUCUUCAUCGUCAGUAAUUCGUUACCGCUGAAGAUGCGAGAGGACGCGGAGGCGGGGAAACCGUACGGACACAAGUAUGCGUUCGAAAAGGAUGGGGAUAGCAUUUACGAUCAAUGUCGGGAAGGAGCGGAGGCGAACGGGCAGUACGACGCGGUGAUAAACGUCGGACAGUUGCCGAUGCAAGUGCCGUUUGAGUUGCAAGAGGCGGUGGCGAACGAUUUAGAGGCGAGAUUUGAUGCGGUGCCGGUGUUUUUGCCCGAAGAUACCAAGGAGAACUUUUAUAAGGGGUUCUGUAAACAGUAUCUGUGGCCUCUGAUGCACUACGUCUUGCCGAUGUCGCCGUUGGAUUCGCGAUUUCAAAAACAUCAGUGGCAGGCGUACAUCGCGGCGAAUAAGCGUUUCGCGGAUAAGCUGAUGGAAGUGGUGUGCAGUGAUGACGAUCAAGUGUGGGUGCACGAUUACCACUUGAUGCUUUUGCCGACGUUUCUGCGUAAACGCUUCAACGCCGUCAAGUGUGGUUUCUUUUUGCACUGCCCGUUUCCGUCGAGCGAAAUCUUCAGAACGACGCCGAACCGAGAUUUAAUCCUGCGCGGACUUUUAAAUGCCGACUUUGUCGGUUUUCAUACGUUCGAUUACGCUCGACACUUUUUGUCGUGCUGCACGCGGUUGCUCGGAUUAAAUCAUAGGAUGGAGCGCGGGUCGCUCGUCAUCGACAACUUCGGCAGACUCGUGUCGGUUAAGAUUUGUCCCACUGGCGUGAAGACGUCGCGUUUGCGAGAUGUUUUAGACGCACAAAUGUGCAAGGAUCGUCGGAAAGAACUCGUCACCGAAAUUGCGGGGCGCAAAAUGUUGCUUGGUCUCGAUGAUUUCGACGAGUUCAAGGGAAUCGAUCAGAAAAUCGCGGCGUUUGAACGCAUGCUCGACGAACACCCAGAAAUCGCCGAGCAAAUUGUGCUGUAUCAAGUGUGUAAUCCACCUCGCGGAAGUGGGCGGGACAUUGAUGAUUUGCGAGCGACCGUGGAUUCGAUGGUGGCGAGAAUAAAUGACAAGUAUGCAAAGAAUGGUGUCAACGUUGUGAAGUUUGAAGUGAGGCCCGUGCCGCUGCACGAGCGCAUCGCGUUGUACUCAGUCGCGGACAUCGCUGUGGUCACGGCCACGCGCGAUGGUAUGAACCUUGCGCCAUACGAGUACAUAACUUGUAGACAGGGUCCGAAUGACGAGUCCCAGGGCACGUCCGAUGGUUUCUCGUUGCCACGACAAUCCUCUUUGAUUAUUUCUGAGUUCACCGGGUGUUCGCCGUCGCUCUCAGGGGCGCUUCGCGUCAACCCGUGGCACGAAGAGGAUGUCGCGGAUUCCAUGUACAAAGCACUUCAAAUGAGCGGUCACGAGCAUGAAGCUCGUCAUGAGAAGCACUGGCGCUACGUUAGCGAGCACCACGUCGGCUUCUGGGCGCAAUCUUGCCUCGCCGAGCUUCAGCGCGUGACAGAGAAGGCUCAGAGCAACCGAUGCUACGGUUUGGGUUUCGGGUUGAACUUCCGUGUCGUGCAUCUCAGUUCGACGUUCCGAAAGCUCGACACGGCCGGUGUGGUGGCCAACUACCUCAAGGCGACUCGUCGAAAGCUCGUGAUCGAUUACGACGGUACGCUAGUACCACUGGCAUCCUUUGCGCAGCCGCCGACGGCGCAUUUAUUGUCCCUCCUCACCGUCCUCGUAAAUGACGACGCAAACGAGGUGUGUAUCGUGUCUGGACGCGAGCGCGAGACUUUAGACAAGUGGUUCGGUAAUAUUCCUGGUCUUUGCAUGGUGGCUGAGCACGGAUACUGGUUCCGCCGCGGAUCAGACGUGGCGUGGAACGAGCUUGCUCCGAGUGGCACGGACAACAGCGUGCUCGAGUGGAAAGAUACCGUCCUACCAAUUUUAGAGCAGUAUGCCGAAGCGACGGACGGUUCGUUCAUCCAGUCCAAAGAAAGUUCUUGCGUGUGGCACUAUCGAGACGCCGAUCCCGAUUUUGGGGCUUGGCAAGCCAAGGAACUUCUCGAUCACCUCGAGAGCGUGUUACACGGCGACCCCGUGGACGUCAUCGCCGGAAAUGGCACCGUCGAGAUCAAACCCAAGGGCGUGCACAAAGGUCUGGUGAUAAACCAACUUUUAGACACGCAAUCUUCCGCUGACGUCGCCGAUUUCGUUCUCGCCGUUGGCGACGACCGUUCGGACGAGGACAUGUUCGUCGCCGUCAACACGCACGCGCAGCUCCCGCUCUACGCCGGCGCGUCCAUUUACACAUCAACCAUAGGUCAAAAACCGAGCAAGGCGCCUGCGUAUCUCGACGACACCGACGACGUGGUCAACAUGUUGCAAACGUUGGCUCAAUACAACGUCUGCCACAGACACUGAUUCAAUUU